AUGGACAAGAAAAGCAAAAUGCAAGCGGAGAAGCACCUCACAGGAACACUGGUCCUCUCGGUCUUCACUGCGGUGUUGGGCUUCUUCCAGUACGGCUACAGCCUGGGUGUCAUUNUUUGCCCAUCACAGGUGAUAGAAGCCCACUACGGGCGUGUGCUGGGCAUCGUCCCCCUGGACAGACUUGCCACCAACGCCUCCGAGGAGGAUGGCACCAUCCCCGGCACGGAGCCCUGGGGCAGCACCGAGGGCACACUCAUGCCCCUGACCAACUCCAGCGAGGACCUCGUCACCUCCCCGCACAUUCUCACCAUGUACUGGUCCCUCUCCGUCUCCGUGUUCGCCAUUGGCGGCAUGAUCUCCUCCUUCACCGUGGGGUGGAUUGGCGACCGGCUGGGGAGGGUGAAAGCCAUGCUGGUGGUGAACGUCCUCUCCAUCGCUGGGAACCUCCUCAUGGGGCUGGCGAAAUUCGGGCCGUCCCACAUGCUCAUCAUCGCCGGGAGAGCAGUCACGGGGCUGUACUGCGGGCUCUCCUCCGGACUCGUGCCCAUGUACGUCAGCGAGGUCUCUCCCACGGCCCUUCGAGGAGCGCUGGGGACGUUGCACCAGCUUGCUAUCGUCACGGGUAUCCUCAUCAGCCAGGUCCUCGGACUAGACUUUCUCCUGGGGAACGAUGAGAUGUGGCCCCUGCUCCUCGGUCUGUCUGGUGUGGCUGCCCUCCUGCAGUUCUUCCUGCUCUUACUGUGCCCCGAGAGCCCCCGAUACCUUUACAUCAAACUGGGGAAGGUGGAAGAAGCUAAAAAAAGUUUGAAAAGGCUCAGAGGAAACUGUGACCCAAUGAAAGAGAUUGCUGAGAUGGAAAAGGAAAAGCAAGAAGCUGCUAGUGAAAAGAAAGUCUCCAUAAGGCAGCUGUUCACCUCUUCAAAGUAUAGGCAGGCUGUCAUCGUGGCACUGAUGGUGCAGAUAUCUCAGCAGUUCUCAGGAAUCAACGCGAUCUUUUACUACUCUACAAACAUUUUCGAGAGAGCCGGAGUUGACCAACCAGUUUACGCAACCAUUGGUGUUGGAGUGGUGAACACAGUCUUCACUGUUAUCUCUGUCUUUCUGGUGGAGAAGACAGGCAGGCGGUCCCUGUUCCUGGCUGGUUUGAUGGGCAUGUUAAUAAGUGCUGUGGCCAUGACAGUUGGACUUGUGCUCCUGAGCCAGUUUGCCUGGAUGAGCUAUGUCAGCAUGGUCGCGAUCUUCCUCUUCGUCAUCUUCUUUGAAGUCGGGCCCGGGCCCAUCCCCUGGUUUAUUGUAGCCGAACUGUUCAGCCAAGGCCCGCGUCCCGCCGCCAUCGCCAUCGCUGGCUUCUGCAACUGGGCCUGCAACUUCAUCGUGGGAAUGUGUUUCCAGUACAUUGCGGAUCUGUGCGGACAGUACGUGUUUGUGAUCUUCGCGGCUCUGCUUCUUGUCUUCUUUCUGUUUGCGUACUUCAAAGUACCAGAGACGAAAGGAAAGUCCUUUGAGGAGAUUGCAGCUGUGUUCCGCCGCAAGAGGCUCCCAGCCAAAGCCAUGACUGAGCUGGAAGACCUGCGAGGCAGUGAGGAGGUGUAG